AUGGUCCCUAUACUGAAUCGCAUUCUUGAAGGAUAUGGAGAGCUUGACCGGGAUCCCCAAUUCUACGUCUCUGCUGUUCUUGCCGUCCAUGGGCUCGUUUCACUUUUUGCAAGCCCAGUAAUAGGCCAUUACUCCGACAAAAGCCCUAGGAAAAAGCUGCAGCUCCUACUGUCGCUAGGCGGAUGCUUGGUUGGUACAGCUCUUACGGCGGCUAGUCGAACCCUCUGGGUCAUGUUUGUUGGACGCUGUUUCCAAGCUGUCGCCGGAUCCGGAGUCUGGGUGGUUGGUCUGGCCACUGUCGCAGAAGCCGUGGGAGAAGAACAUGUUGGAAAGACAAUGGGGGUUGUCAUGUCAUUUACGAGCGCCGGGAUGCUUAGUGGGCCAAUGAUCUCGGGUCUUCUCUUCCAGAAUGUCGGACACUGGGCCGCUUGGACAGUACCAUUUGCCUUACUCAUGGUAGACUUGAUUGCUCGUUUGGUCAUGCUUGAUCCGGAAACCCCAGACAGAUCUUCAUUAGGUUCAUCGCAUCUAUCCUCGGCCAUUGCUCAGGCGUUGUCGAUAGAGACAGAUGAGACAGAUGAGGCAGAUGAGACGCCUCCUCUCCAAGAUCCCGAACGCUUAUUCAAAUCAUCAUCAAGCGAUAUUUCGGACAAAGGAGUGCAAGAUUUUGCUUCUCUGCGAGCUUUCUAUGGCUUUCUUCUUACAGACCGCCAUGUUCUGACAGCCCUGCUGAUCACUACUAUAUCUGGGUCAGUCAUGACCAGCUUUGACACGACAUUACCGCUACAUGUAGAGGAAACAUUUGGUUGGGGCCCUUCAUACACUGGCCUGAUGUUUUUCUGUCUUGAGAUUGGCAUGGUUAUCGGUCCUGUCUCUGGUUGGAUUCGUGACCGAUUUGGGGUACGAAAUCCUGCGGUUCUAGGUAUGAUCGCGUUCGCCCUAUUGAUCUGGCUGUUAGGGGUUCCAGGCAAUGCGUCAUUUCCGUGGGCAAGUCCAGAUACCAGAGGUUCAACCAUUUACAUAUUCGCCCUUAUCGGCAUAGGGGCUGUAAGCCCGUUCUUAAGUGGCAUUGCAACUUUUGAAGUGAUAGCCGUCGUCAAACAGCAUCAAGCAGAGAAUCCAAACAUCUUCGGCCCUCAUGGAGGCCUUGCCCGUGCGCUGUCAAUGACCGACGUGGCUGCUACAGUUGCAAUGAUGGCUGGGCCUAUUAUCUCCGGUACACUACAUAUGACUGUGGGCUACUACUACAUGAAUCUCAUAUUUGCAUUUAUAUUCCUCUUCUUGUCACUUCUCACCCUCGGUUCGCUGCGAAACACACACCCCAACCCAUCCAGCCCGCAGCUAUGA